AUGCGCGCGGUCCUCGCGCUCCGCGCGCCCGCGACGGCGCGCGCGUCGACCCCCGCGCGCGUCGAGAAGACCCCUCCCGCCGCGCCGCCGCCGCGAUCGUCGCGCGGCGGCGGCGUCGCGGCGGCGGUCGCGCUCUCCGCCGCGGUGACGCUCGCGUCGCCGUCGCUCGCGGCCACGCCGCAGACCAUGUACGUCGCCGGCGGAGCCAACGUCUUCCUCGAGAAGGAGUUCAACGACCUGCGAUACGCGGGCGUGUUGGACGUCGUCCCCGGGCUCGCGACGGGCGUGAACGACGACGGGACGCCCGUGGAGGCGGUCGCGGUGACGUACGACGCGGACAGGCUCGCGAAGAGAGAGGCGGGGCGGACGCAGGUCACGUCCGCGCACGAGGUUCUGAUGCGCGUGUACUGGAAGCGCGCGGACCCGACGCGGACGGACGGGCAGUUCAAGGAGAACGGCGCGAGGUACCGCCCCGCGAUCUGGGUCUCGAACGCGGAGGAGCGCGCGGAGGUGGAGACGAACGCGAGGCGGCUCGCGGCCAGCGGCGUGUACGGCGGUAAUAGGGGGGAGGCGACCGCAGCGAUCGCGAUUCCGAUCCUCAACACGCCGCCGCCGUCGUUCGCGCCGGCGCCGGCGGAGGACUUCGGCAAGCUCGCGAAGAAUCCGAAGCUCUUCGAGAAGGAGCAGAAGACGCGCGACGCGGCGUUUAAAGACCUGUGGGGGUUCGUGCAGUUCUGCGCAGAUCGCGUGUGCGGGUACGUGCGGUUCGCGCCCAAGUGCGUCGGGGAGUGCCUCGACGUCUUUCCCGAGUACCGCGAGCGCAACUUCGGCGUCCCGGAGCUCACGGGGAACAUCAAGAUCACGAGCAAGUGAACGUCUUCUUGGGCUAGAGUACAGUGGGGUGCCCUAAGUUCGUACGCUUAAGGGGUGCGACUUUGACCCCAGGGCUUGGCUUGAAAGUCGCUUGCGCACUAUACGGCAACGUGUGAGAAAUCGAAUCCGGUCGCUAC